UUGAUUAUAAUUUUUUAGGUUAUAUCGUUUUAAACCUAAAUUAAACUUAAAUUUGAAGUUCACAUAGGUUUAACUUUCUCCGGCGAGAUUUAAAGUAAAGGUAGUUGUUCGUACUACGGAAUAAAAAGAUUAAUUGUGAAAAUGGAUACAGAACCAAAAGAAGUGGUCCCACCAUCAACAGAUUCUGGCUCUAAAAAAACCGUAUUAAAAGAAACCCCUUCAGUAAAUGCAAAUAAAAAUGCACUGGCAAAACAGCCAAUAACGGAACAAACGAAUCUCCUUAAAGAAUAUUUUAACAGCGUCGCAAAUCGUGAAGUUUUACAUUUAAAUGUAAAAUCUGUAACCCCGGUCCUUUCAGUCAAUUUAGGGAUUGAUUUGAAAAUGGUUUCAACUCGCAUGAAGUAUGUGUUAGCAGAGGCAUUAUGUUAUUUUAUGAAAGUUUGGCCUGGAUGGUCCACUACAGAUUACAAGAAUCCGUUAUUAAAAGAUGACUGUUUUUCCAAAUAUCAAGAUUAUUUGCGAUCAAAAUUAAUGUAUAUCAUUGAUAAUGAAAGCCAAUUUCGUAAGGAUGGUGACUUUCAAAGAGGGGAAACGGUUUCUGUGGAAUGUCAAACAGAUAUACCAUCAAAAACUAAUAAAGCAGAAGCUCCUUUUAAUUUGGUUAUAACUGGACAACCAAGUGUUUUGAAUAAUAUUGUUUUUAUUGAAGUAGAAAAUAACAUUUUAAUAAAACAGCAUUUAGAGAAACCAUGGAAACAAUUAUGUUCAAUGACAUAUUUUUUAAAUCAUCCUUAUGUUAAGAUUAGUGUUGAUUUACCUAAAGUUCGAUUUUCACGAUCUAACGUCCAUGUUUAUAAACGUUAUAUAACAGAUGGUGGGGACACAACUACUUGCCCCCCAACCGACUUUAUUAGUGAAGUUGUGAACACCUUUCCAAAUUCCACACCUAAAGUUUAUUCAUAUGACUUUAUAUCCGCUUAUUUUAAACAAUUAACAUCCAUAUUGACGAAAUAUGACGUUAAGAAUCAUCUUUUAAUUCGAAGCAUCUUUGGCGAGUAUUUACAAGAUAUUAAAGAUUGCAAUAUGCAUGGGGGUACCAUGGCAGCACCAUUUAUGGUAACUUAUAACAUUGGUGGAAAAGUUUAUGUUCGUAACAAAAAAAUGGUUGUUAGUACUAGUAAAAACAAAGAUGCAAAUGCAAUAAAUUUUUGCGAAAUCCUAACUCCUAAAGUGACAUUUGCACUCCAAGAAUUUAAUGUUGUUGAAGAUACAAAUGCAAAAGAAAUUUCUUUCAUUGACUUAAACAAAAUAGAGUCAAUGUCUAAAGAGGAACAUUUAACACUAAUAAAUGCUUUUAAUAAUUGCGUAACGUUUCAUUGUACGUUGUGCAAUAAAGUCUAUCAAGGAGAACGUUGCUAUUCUGAUUGUUUGGACCAUUUUCGAUUUUUACACAAAGGCGAGCAAGCGGUUGUAUGUUUUAAAUGUCGGAGGACGUUUGAAGUAAUUAAUUUGGCGUCUACUCGAUGGGCUCAUAAUUGCCAAGUCACUCAAAUGUUAUUUAAAAUGGAAGAUGGUAAAGGAGGAGGGGAAGGCAGUGAAAAUGUAUCUAUGGGUCAAGGGGGAGUUGAUGGUGAUAAAUCUAAGAGUUUAAAUGAUAAAGUUUGAAGUUAAGUAUUAAUUUAUAUUUGUAAAAAUAUUUACUAGUUACUAAUCAUUUAUUUUAUUAGUAUCGAAUUAAGAUUAAGUGCUAAAGAUAAGUAUUUUUUUUUACCAUUACAAUAAAAUAUAAAUAUU